AUGAGACCAUUAUUAAAAUAUCUGAAUGUACUAGCACUGUUGGUUGGUAGAACUAUCGGACAUAUUCACAAACAGGAAUUGACAGAUUCUGCAUCAAAUGGGCAUAUUAAACAUACUGAUGAGCAUGGACAUGGAAACAUUCACAGUCAUAGUCAUGCACCAAAUGCAAUGGCAGAUAAUAAGUUAUUUGUUCCGUUGACGCACGUCUUGAAGGAUUAUGUUUUUGUUUUCAAUUCAGCAUAUAACUCCAUCAUUGCCACGACAAUCAUUCAACUAUUACCAUGUUUAAUUGUGUUGUUAGUUCCAUCAUUACAAAGAAUAAAUAAUGAAGGAACUAAUAAUAAUAUACUCUUGACUGGGUUGUCUUCUUUUGGUUUAGGAACUUUAUUAGGUGAAAUAUUUUUACAUUUAAUUCCUGAAUUAUUCACAAAUGUUAAUAAUUCAAGUAUGAAUGAGAUCUCUACGUUUGUAUUCAUUGGGUUUAUGAUUUUCUUAAUCUUAGAUAAAAUAAUUAGAAUAUUGAAUGGUGGCACCAGUUCCGUUGACGAGGCAGAUGCAGGAUUCAUGUCACAUUCCCAUUCACAUUCACAUUCUGAUUCUCGUUCGCAUUCUUCAAAAGAAGAAGAGGAAGAGGAAAGAAGUCAAGAAUCUUCAAAAGAACAUACAAAAAUACCGAAGAAGAAUAUGUCAGUUUAUUUAAAUGUAAUAACAGGGCUAAUUCAUAACGUAACAGAUGGAAUAGCUCUAACGACUUCAUUUUAUAAAUCAAGUCAAGUAGGAGUAAUAACCACGAUCGCAAUAACAUUCCAUGAGAUACCUCAUGAAUUAGGUGAUUUCGCCAUCUUAUUAGCCAAUGGAUUAACUUUUAUUGAAGCUUUAAAAACGCAAGUUGUUACUUCAUUGGGUGCGUUGACUGGUACUUUAAUUGGGAUUUAUUUGAAUGAGUUAACAACAACCACAACAAUUGCGCCGUCUUUAGAUACAUCAAGUUCAUUUUUGAUGCCAUUGAUGACGGGUGGGUUUAUUUAUAUGGCUACAGUUGGUUUGAUUCCUAACUUACUAAGGGGAAAAAGUCAUACAAAAGGGGGGAAUGUUAAUGUUGAUGAAUUUUUUAAAUUUGGAAUAGAGUUAAGUUUUAUUCUUGUUGGGUUUAGUGUUAUGUCUUUAGUAUCUGAUUAG